GGCCAUCGCAGGUGCCGUGGCGUCGAGCGAGGAGAGCGCAGAGAAGACGGCGAGAUGGCUGCGUCGCGGGAGACAGAUGUUCAACCCCCCCACCUCGUACGUGCCCCGCAACCGCCCGCGCUAUCAGCUGUGCGAGGUGGACGGGACGAUGGGCGCCUGUAUGAAGGGGUCCGUCUGCAGGAGGGAGCGGGGACUCUUCGCCGGGUACUGCGGCGGCGAUAAUGAUGUCUGCUGCGUAGUGGACAAAUCCUGCGAGGACUCAACGCGCUCCCACAGCACCUACUUCAGGAACCCGAAUUUCCCUAAAAACGAGACGGAGGAGCGAAUGUGUCCCUUGACGGUGGAGGUCGGGCGCGACGUGUGUGCUGUGAGACUGAGUUUCGAGAAGUUUGAGCUGUCGCCGUAUACCGAAGGUGUCUGUAUCGGAGACCACUUGACUGUCCUGGGUACGAAGGAAGGCUCCACGACGCCCAUCUGCGGGAACAUGACGGGCUGGACGACCACCUUCGCCGUGAAGAAAGGCAGUGACGUCGUGUUGGCAAUGGUGCUCCAGGGACGCCCCGCCCACACCUUCUCCAUCCAAGUCACUCAGAUCGCCUGUGAUGAAGUCCAGGUUUUCCAUUCGCCCACCUACGCCGGCAUCCGCAACCCAGACGCCGAGAAGUACACGCCCACGACCAAGAAACCCAUCGCCGGCCCCGUCAAGCCCCUGGGACCCAAACCCACGCCGGGGACGACCACCCCCGAGAGUACGACCUCCCCGGACGACGCCAACGAGGAGACGACCACCGCGAUGUCUCCUGACGACGGCGGGGACGAAGGGAAGCCGACGGAGGCCUCUGUCCACGAAGGACCCACGACCCUCAUGCCUGGAACCAUCCCCUCGCCCAAACCUAGUGAUGUUUUAAUCCGCGCCCAGAAGGUGGACUCCGAUGAUGAUGGCGUUUAUUUGGACAUCCUUGACGUCACGCCCGCCAUUUCUGCGUUCAAGAGAGCCUUCGAGCUGCGUGUGAGUAACAAGUGCUUCCAGUACGAGGACGAGCCCCAGCCAGGAUUCAGGAUCAUCGGGGGAGGUUACACUAGGAUUAACGAAUAUCCUUGGCAGGUGGCUCUGGUGUACCGAAAGAAAUUCUUCUGUGGCGGAUCCCUCAUUAGCGAUAGGCACAUUCUCACUGCUGCCCAUUGCGUGUUCGGGAGCUUCUCUGCAGGCAUCAACGAUCUUCGCGUCAGUAUCGGCGACCACGAUAUCUCCACCAGGAACGAGACGGACCACAUUGUCGGCAAGGUGAAGCACGUGCACUGGAACCUGCACUACAACCCCCACUCGACCGAGCACGACAUCGCCCUCAUGGAGCUCGAGGAACCCGUCUCCUUUCGCUUCGGCGUCAGUGCGGUCAAGCUGCCUUCGGACCUCGACGACCUGUUCGAGGGCGAGAACGCGACGGUGACCGGCUGGGGGCGCUACAGCGUGCGUCUGAAGGCCACCAACCCAGUGCUGAAGGAGUACACAGGCCCGCUGACGAACAUCUCCAAGUGCGUCGAGGCUUGGGACGUUUUCAAAGGAAUCUCCGCUCGCUCGCCCAACCAUGUGUGUUUGGACGUUACCAUGGGAACGCCGUGUCAUGGUGACUCCGGCGGCCCUCUGGUGGUGUGUUCGGGAGUGCAGUGUACCCAGAUCGGCGUCGUAAGCUUUGGAUUUCCGAUGUGCACUAAUGUAGGCCUACCUGCUGUCUUCACCCGCGUGUCACAUUACAAAUCUUGGAUCGACAUGAACCUCACGCCCUUGGAUAUUUUUUAAACUUCAGAGGGGCUAGAGAGAGGUGAUUUUGAAAGAUUAAAACGUGUCAGUAGCCGAUAUGCCCACAGUCAGGAAAGGGGGACUGUUGUUGGUAACGCUGAUAUUACCGAUGUUUCAUUAUUAUUAUUAUUAUUAUUAUUAUUAUUAUUAUUUCUUAUCUUUGUUUUUAUCAUGAUUAUUAUGGUUUAUUGUUAUCUGUUAUUAUUAUGAUGGUUGCCUUUGCAAGCGGAUCUUUGAAUUAUGCAGUUGAUAUGAGAUAUGUAAGGUAUAUAUGAAAAUUAGGAAAUGUAAGAUAUUCCUGAAAAAAAACUUUAUAUAUA